GGUCGAUGUCCUCCUGACGGAAGGAGGGGGAUUGGAUAUAGUCUGGCGGACGAGAGAGCAGAAACUCAGUCACAUCAAAGAAAAACAGAAUGCAGCGUCCCAUUUCCCUGCUGUUUUUAACAGGUCUGGGCCUUCUUCACGCUGGCCCUCUUUCACCCAAACCGCUCCUUCAAACGCAGGAGAACUUCGACCUGAAGCGGUUCAUGGGAAAAUGGUAUGACAUAGCAAAGGCUUCUACAUGCCCAUGGAUGCAUCGUCACAAGGCCGAUGCAGCCAUUGGCUCCUUGGAGCUCGCCAACAGUGGCAGCAAGGACAAACUGAGUAUGACCAGGACUGUGCUCAGACAUGGGACAUGCAAACAGAUCACCGGUGAUUACGAGCUGACAGAGACACCUGGACGAUUUUACUAUCAUAGUGCCAAAUGGGGGGCUGAUGUGGAUGCCUACGUGGUACACACAAACUACGAUGAGUACGCCCUUGUGGUAAUGCUAAAACAAAAGGGAGAGAAUAAAACCACCUCUGUCAAACUCUAUGGCCGGAAGAUGGAGCUGAGACCCACUUUGAUGGAUGACUUUAAGACACUGGUGAAGGAGCAGGGAAUGAGUGAGGACACCAUCAUUAUUAAAAAGAACAAAGGAGAAUGUGUUCCAGGAGAGGAGGUGGCACCAGAGCCGGUCGUUCAGAGGGCGAGAAGAAACGUGGUGGUGCCUCCCCCGGAGGAGGGCUCAGGAGCACCCGACGACACACUCAUGUUCAGAGGAGACGAGUCAUGCCAGGAAGAGCCAGAUGCAGGUCCUUGCUUUGGAAUGCAGCACCGCUAUCAUUACAACGCCACUCUAAUGGCCUGUCAGAUCUUCGCUUACGGUGGAUGCAUGGGCAAUCAAAACAACUUUAUAUCAGAGAAAGAAUGUCUUCAGACCUGCCGCACAGAGGCGGCCUGCAGACUGCCUAUGGACUCUGGCCCCUGUCACCAAUCCGUGGACCUCUGGGCUUUUGACUCUAACAUAGGCAAAUGUGUGUCCUUCAAAUACGGUGGUUGCAAAGGCAACGGCAAUAAAUUCUACUCCCAGAAAGAAUGCGAGGAGUACUGUGGAGUGGUUAAAGACGACGAGGAAUUUAUCAAAGCAAACUGAGAGGUGAUGACUAUGUCACACAGUCCCAACAAGGAAAGCACAGAUGAGUCUCACACCAGCAUUACCAUAAUACCACAAUAGUCAACACAUCAGUAAACACCCUAAACCAUA